CGAUUCGGUUGAAGGUAAACAGUCCAAUGUCAGGCCAAACGCGCAUGUGUUAUUCGCUCGCUAGCAUCCAUCCUGAAAUAGUUCCUCUUGUAUUUUCCGACGACAAGCCCGCAUUCCGCACACUCGUGACAGUACAUCGACCGGCCGAACAGGCGAGAAGCUUGAGAAAGGUCCGUCUUUUCUUACCUCCGGCCUCGUCCUCCUUCAGACCCCAGAUAAGAAAGAGCAUCGACAUAGAAUUGACGACGCACAGCAGCCCUCCUCGGUGGCUCAGACUGUCGUCAACUCGGGGCAAAGUACGAGCGCUUCCCAUGCACAGAGUUACCAUGAAGAAAUCCGCGCUUCUCCUCCGCGUGGGCUGAUGAGAUUCGAACUCGAUGCAAGCCGAAAUCGCUGACCCGGUGCUCUGAGAUUACGAUCUCAGUUAUUAUAGGCGAAUGUGGAUGAACCGCCCGUACAAUCCGUUAGCGAAGCGACUACGGUCUCAGCAUUCAGACUCGAGACCAACAGACAGUUCCAUGGUCCCUCGAUGUGACAGAUUGUACAUCCAUUCCAUCUGUACUGGCGGGUUUGACCCGAGAUCCCGACUUUCCUCAUGAACAGCCUCCAGCACGCAACCCGGAUUCGUGUUAGGCUGCCUCGUGACAGCCCUUUUACAGAGAGCCCCUAACCUGGCGAUGGUGCACGGCUAACCAGGGAUUGAAACCAGCCAGCGCAAGGCGCGGUUGACUCGAGCUCAUGGCUCAGUUGAAGCCAGGAAGCUUAUCAUGUCGGUACAUAUAGUGACAGCUAAUUCUUCGCGGUACCAAAGUACAUUAAGUUAGAACGCCAACCAUGAUGACAAUGCAGUACCACAGGGCUCGGUGCUAUGUUAUGAUUGACGAGACGCGGUGGCAGAGCGACCAGCGACACCGACCAGAAGUGCAGGCUAAGCUUGAACAUUCGACUGAUCGAUUCGAUGAGGUCGGUCUAUGCUUCGGUUGGUUGGUGCAUCUUGAAGAUUCCUUUCGCAACUUCGGGAUGGAACUUGGCUCACACUCCAGAUGAUGGUGGGGAUGGCGGGGAUGGCACACUUCGGCUUCGAGAUUCAUGAUCAAACGUCGGCUAAUGACGAGUCAUAGCAGCAGCACUCGAAUCAGGAUGUACGAGCUUCGGACUGCUGAAGUCUGGUAUACCCUCUGCACGAACUUACCCAACUGCGAUCCCCAACGUACUUGCGAUCGGGUGGUUAGCCGGCUCCACGUCUCCGAAGGUCCUUAUUCAAAGGAAUUAGCCAUCAACUCCUGUCUCUCCGAGACAAUCAUGUCAGCACCUAGCUCUCAGCUCACCAGGCAGAUCACAAGCGCAAAUGAAAGGUGCUCGCUUCGUCGACUUCUAGUUCUCUUCAUAGUUCAUAGUACAGGCAGGAAGAUCCUCAUGGUACAAGUCCAUCAAAAUAGCUCCUUGGGCAAAUUUGCAGUAGAUUCAUUCAUUCAGUUCCAAGUCAGCCGCAUCUUCGUCAUUUUAAGAUGAAAGAAAAGGGACUCAAGAGCUUCAAGAUUUGAGCCUUGAUCCUUGUGGUCUUUGGGUUUCAAUUUUUUCUUCCAAGUAAAAUGAGAAUGAUUGACUUGGAACCUGAUAAAGGUCGA